CAUGGGAACCACAGACGGCGUCUUCAGCAGAUGCGCCACUCUGUCUCGACCCCCUGCAUCUGUUCCUUUUCCCCAAAUCCCAAACGUGCCCACCAUUGCCAUAUCGAUAGAAGCCGGCGGUAGGCACAAAGAGAGAGAGAGCGAGGGAGGGAGUCGACGGAAUGAGGCUGCCCGAGGACGACCAGUUCUUUCCCUCGACGCCCGGCAAGGUGAAGAUCGACCGGAGUAACCACGCGAUGAACCGGCAGCUGCACAGGUGCUUUGCUUCCACGUCGACCAUGUUCGUGUGGGCCGUCUUCCUCAUCGCGCUCACGCUUUCGUACCUGAGCUUCCAGAGCUUCAUGGACACGGGCACCAGGUACCUCGCCGCCUCGUGGGGCGGGCACCAGUGGGAGAAGCGCGUCCGAGAGUCGGCGCGGCCGCAUCGGACCCGCGGUAUGAAGGUGCUCGUGACGGGUGCGGCUGGGUUCGUCGGCACCCACGUCUCGUUGGCCCUCAAGAAGCGCGGCGAUGGCGUCGUCGGGCUCGACAACUUCAACGACUACUACGACCCAUCGUUGAAGAAGGCGCGCACCGGUCUCCUGGACUCGCACGGCGUGUUCGUUGUCGCCGGAGACAUCAAUGACGCCCGGCUCUUGGCGAAGCUCUUUGACCUGGUCGCCUUCACUCACGUGAUGCAUCUCGCCGCGCAGGCCGGGGUCCGGUACGCCAUUGAAAAUCCGGCGUCGUAUGUGCACAGCAACGUCGCCGGGCUCGUCACGCUGCUGGAGGCCUGCAAGUCGGCCAAUCCGCAGCCCGCCGUGGUCUGGGCGUCGUCGAGCUCCGUCUACGGCCUCAACGAGGAGGUGCCCUUCUCGGAAUCCGACCGAACCGACCGGCCUGCUUCGCUGUACGCCGCGACGAAGAAAGCCGGCGAGGAGAUCACCCACACCUACAACCACAUCUACGGCCUCUCCAUCACCGGCCUCCGAUUCUUCACGGUGUACGGCCCAUGGGGCCGGCCGGACAUGGCCUACUUCUCGUUCACGCGCAACAUCCUCCAGGGGAAGCCCAUCACGGUGUUCCGCGGCAAGGGGAGGACCGACCUCGCCAGGGACUUCACGUUCAUCGAUGACGUCGUCAAGGGCUGCGUAGCGUCGCUGGACACUGCCCAGAAGAGCACGGGGAGCGGCGGGAAGAAGAAGGGGCCGGCUCAGUACCGGAUCUACAACCUGGGGAACACGUCGCCGGUGACGGUACCUAACAUGGUCGGCAUCCUCGAGCGGUACCUCAAGGUGAAGGCGAAGAAGAACGUGGUGGAGAUGCCCGGCAAUGGCGACGUGCCCUUCACCCACGCCAACAUCUCCCUCGCCCAGCGAGACCUCGGCUACAGACCCACCACCGAUUUGCAGACCGGCCUGAAGAAGUUCGUCCGGUGGUACCUCUCCUAUUACGGCUACCACAAUCGCGGCGGUGGCGGAAAAUCAGAUAAUUAGCCCCAAAAAAGUAGAAAAUGAUUAAAAAAACCAUUCCCUUCCUUUUUUUUUUUUUGUAUAUUUUCUUCCUUUUUUCAUCCAUUACGGAAGAGAUCAUAAUCAUUCUUUCCUCGGUGAAAAUUUGCUCUUCUCCCUUUGUGUUCUCUAUGUUAA